GGCAACACUCUCCGACUGCCAGACGACUGCAGACAAUGUCGCUCCCAUUAAUAAUUUACUCUAGCUAAUAAAAUCUACUUCUGUAGAGCAAAAAAAAGGCUUCAGAAAAACAAUCAGUAAUAACUACAUUUCUUGUAAAUGUAUAUACUGCACAGUUUGAACAUCAACGCAAGAGCUGAUGUUUGGUUUUCAGGCGGCCGGUUCAAUGGGAAUACGGCCGUAAAUCUAUAGACAUCAACAGUUAAAUAUCCAUUGUAAACAUUUCACUUUGGACUAACUAGCAUACUGGCCAACAGGGGAGGGGGAUUCUAUCAACGUAGUGACCCAUUUUUUCGACAUUUUAGUUGAACAUUGGUUUGAUGGCGUGCAGUGAACAUGGACGCACGGAGCCCGGCAACUUUUAGCAUGGUGGAAGAGCAUGGUGAUCGUGGGCCAACUUCACCGCCGCGGCCAGUAUCGUGUUUGGAAAAAUGUGGCGCGUGCGGAACAAAACUGGUGCCAGAUCGAAGUCCUCAACUUUUACCGUGUUUACACUCCUUGUGCCAGCAGUGUGUCCGCGUGGAUCGCAGAGAAUGUCCAGUGUGUGCUGCGGAAUACUCGCUUACCGAAGUUAUCGAUGAUCUCUUCUUCAAGCAAUCCCAGCAAAGUACUCAGUGUGGGGGCUGUUGGGAGGCAGAAGUGGGAGGCUGGUGUGUGGAGUGUGGGGAGGCACUCUGCCCAGAAUGCAUCUCUGCCCAUAAGAGGGUCAAGAUGACCCGAGAACACACCAUCCUGUCAGAGAGGCCUGCUACAGUCUCCGUGCCGACAGUGUAUUGCUCGACUCACAAGGAGGAGCGGGUGGAGCUUGUCUGCCAGACGUGCGAUCAGCCGACCUGCCGUGAAUGUCAGCUGCUUUUUCACCGGAACCACAGGUUCCAGUUUCUCCAUGAAGCGGCAGCAGAGGAGAGGGAUCGGAUCAGAUCUCUGAUGGACGACCUGAGGCUGAAGAAACGUGCAGUGAGGACGAGCCUGUCGGACCUGGACACCAGGCUACUGGACCUGAAGGACCUGCAGAACACACUAAACGAUGAACUGAAGGACACGGUCCUGGGCAUUCGGCAUGCACUGCUGAAGCAAGCCACGAGCCUGUCUCUGGAAGUGCAGAACCUGUGUGGUUUGGAGAAAAAGAACAUUCUGGAAAGGCAGGAGGUGCUGAAGAAGCUAGAAGAGCGGCAGACCUACCUCCUGACUUUCACAGACCGAGCCCUGGACACGGAGGGCUUCUUGGCACCAUCAUCCUACACACAGAAGAUUCAGUCGCAGCUGCAUGAUGUCAUGUCCCAAGACGUCUCCCCAGGAGAUGCCAUGAUGAAUUUGACCUUCCACUGCGCACAGGACACCUACAGUCAAAUGGCCGCAUUUGGUAAAAUCGUGACUGAAACGGUCCCAUUUGCUUGUACAAACAAUGAGAAUGCUAUCCACAACAAAAACCAGAGUUUCUCAACUGCCAAAACCCCAUCUACAUCCUCCCUCAUGCCUCUUACAGACAUUGACAACUCUCUCGCUUCCUCUCAUAGCCCUGCUGCUUCCUCCCUUAACCUUCCUUCUGCUUCUUCCCAAACUUCAACAACUUUAAACGCUGAUCCUUAUACUCACAAUUUGACACAACUUUCUUCUCACAGCACUCCCACUCCCACAUUUGGUUCUCCCCAAAUUCAAACAGCAUUCUCCUAUAUCUCAACUACUUCCUCUUCCAUCCCUCCCACUUCCUCUUCCAUCCCUCCCACUUCCUCUUGCAACCCUCCAAUUUCCUCUUCCAUCCCUCCCUCUUCCAGCCCUCCCACUUCCUUUUCCAGCCCUCCCACUUCCUCUUGCAACCCUCCAACUUCCUCUUCCAUCCCUCCCACUUCCUCUUGCAACCCUCCAAUUUCCUCUUCCAUCCCUCCCACUUCCUCUUCCAGCCCUCCCACUUCCUUUUCCAGCCCUCCCACUUCCUCUUGCAACCCUCCAAUUUCCUCUUCCAUCCCUCCCACUUCCUCUUCCAGCCAUCCCACUUCCUCUUCCUGCCCUCCCACUUCCUCUUCCUGCCCUCCCACUUCCUCUUCCUCUUACAAUAGUCCUGUUCUUUUCCAGAGGCUGUGCCCUUCUUCCUUCACCACUCUCACGACUCCAGCUGUCUCCCUCACUCAAGUUUCACCAAACACUUCUUCCCAGCAACUGAUUCUGCUUUACCUCCUUUCUUCCUUACCUGUCAUAACUGUACCUCUCUCCUUACCUGUCACUCUGUAUUCUGUCCCCGUAAACUCUGUCCCUGUAGUCACCAACCCUCUUAUGCCAAAUGGCAAAGCAAAAAACCCAGACAGUCCUGCCGUCCAAACUGCUGCCAACAGCCCCUGCAGCCAAACAUUACCAACAGCUUCUCAGGCGGUCAUUCUCUCAAACGCUCAGGGUUUGCGUGAAUGUCUGGUGUUGGACCCAGUCGCCGGUCUUGCCUCGCCCACAAAGGACCAGACUCCCCGUGGAAUUUGCUUGACAUCUCCUGUGAGAGCGCUGGCGGACUCUCCAUGUGAGAGUGCUCCCCCUGCCGGUCAUGAGCAGGAGCAAUGCGAGGACCCUACUGCCGCUGAAAAUGAGCCCACGUCCACCGUGGCCGAGGCCGACAGCCGCGAGUCUACUGGGGAUCCCGGUGAGGAGGCGACGCCUAAACCCGAUGCGACUUUGGCAGGUGGGAUAACCGCUCCCAAAGCCAUCGACGACUCGCCAGUCGACGGGCUGUCGGUCAGCUCCUUGCAUUCAGCUGGGGUAGACCUUCAGAUGCUGGCCUGCUGCCCAGGUGACACGGGAUCAGAGCCCCAAAACCCGGCCCAGGUCGUUUGUUUGGACCAGAGCGACCUCUUCCUCUGUCCUGUGGAGGAAGAUUACGACGAGUUGGAUGCUGCAGAUGUAGGUAAUAACCAGGAACCCAGGACGUCAAACAGGAGACCUGCACCUAUGUCCCAUUUCAAAAAGCUGCCAGACUUUGUGUGCCAGUGGGUUCCUCCUUCCUGGAAGAAGAAAUGUAGGAAGAAACGAGCAAAACCCUUCGCCGUGAAUACCGUGCGCAACUCCACUGUGGCAAAGAUGGACCGCAGGAAGACCUGUGAGGUGUCCAUUGCGGAGGUAGGGAAGACCGAUUGCAAGAAUGUGGAGAACAGCGAAGUGGACGGUCGAGUCAACGACUACAGGGAGUUGGAUGAUUGCGGUGAGGUGGACAGUGCUGAGGAGACCGAUUACAAUGAGGAAACUGAUGACAGCACCCAGAUCAGUUACGCCGAUGAUAGCGACGGCUCGGAUGACAUCGAGGAGUCUGGCAGCUGGGAGACGAACGAAAGCCAGAAGACCGAAGACUUUGACACCGAGAGUGUUCAGAAACCCAGGGAAGAAAACAAAAGCCACUCAGUUCCCAAAAUUUCUUUGGUACGGCUGCCUGUCUCCUUCCCCCUGCCGGGUGGCCCGCUACCCCAGUUCCGCCUCACCCUUGGCACCAACGGACAGGAAGUUCACCUGGAGCAGAUCCCUGAGGAGGGCCAGUCAUCAUUCGCAAAAUGUUCAAGUGAAAAGUUGGGCCGCAUCCGAUGGUCUUUGGAAAGGAAAAGGAAAGACCUUCCCCUCGACUGUACAUCCAGCCCAGUCAUGUCCAAAAGAGCCAAAUCCAUCAGUGUGCAGGGAACCACGGAGGAACACCUCUGGAAGAUCUCGGAGGAGAUCAGGGAGGAGUGUAAACAAACGAGCCCGGAUGAAGACCGCAUCAAACACAUCCUGAAGGAGACCUUCAAGACCAGAAGGGCCUGGAUAGACUUACAGCCUCCCAGCAAAAUCCUGCCCAUCUGCAAGCCCUACCCGUGUUUCAGACUGGGAACCUUUAUCAUGUCGGAGUUCGCCAUGCUGUUGGGGGAAAGUAAAUUUGAUGCCAUUCCGCAGAGAGCUGACAAUUUCCUCAGUAUAAUGGAGUCUAUGAUGGGAAAACAGAAAGAGGGUGAGCUGAGAAUGCUUCCUGUCCUCUCAAUGAUUGAGGAAAACACGAAGUUUGAAAGGGGAAAUUCAGAGUCUGUCAUUACUGUAUGCAAGGACGCGUCUCUCGAUGACGCGCAGCUGGAGUCCCGCGAGACGGAUCCUCCGCGGCUCGUCCUUCACGUCACCGACGGCCGCCUGCUGGACUCCUUCAUCGUGGGGGACGCCAUGACCGCUCGCGCCCAGGCAAACACGGUCCUGGAGGCCGUAAUCACCCUGCUGGGAACGUACUAUACGUUUCAUCUGCAAUAUCCGCGAAUAUACUCCCAGGCACUUGGGUUCCUGCAGCAGCGUAUGCUGGGCGAUACGUACAUGGGACCGAAAUCAAACGGGUUCAAGUCCCUCUCUAAACAGUUUAUAAAGUACAAGAAAAAAGCUAUGGGCUACCCGAACGAAAACUCUUCGAUGUUUGCUACAAGUGCAUGA